CUUUGACAUGAGACAUGUUCUUCCUGCCCACCAAAAAUGUAUCCCAGCCCCGCUCUUCAAUCGUCACAAGGACAUACUUCGCUCACAGAAGCGCUGCUUGAGCAUGUAGCCUCCACCUCCAUUUUUGAAUUGUCAGUAGCCAAUGAUACGAGUAAUCCUUCGUCUUCCUGAAAAUGAAUGCUGCGACGACCACUGCGCCUCCCCCUAGUCAGAUUCAUAACUCCACGGGUACACUUUUGACUUGACCUAAUCUCUUUGCUUUCCAGCAUGGACUGCGAUGAGUUCCGCACCCAAGGCAAAGUGAUGAUCGACUACAUCUGCCAAUACCUGGAGACCCUGAACCAGCGAAGGGUGAUACCAAACAUUGAACCUAAUUACCUGCGCCCGCUCCUGCCAGAUGAAGCCCCAGUGGAGCCCGAAGAUUGGGACGUCAUCAUGGAAGACAUAGAGAAGAAGAUCAUGCCUGGGAUCACCCAUUGGCAACAUCCCAGGUUUCAUGCUUACUUUCCUAGUGGAAAUUCGUUUCCUUCUAUUUUGGCUGAUAUGCUUUCGGAUGCUAUUGGAGCUAUGGGAUUCUCUUGGGCUGCAAGUCCAGCAUGUACAGAACUAGAGACAAUAAUGCUAGACUGGUUUGGUAAAGCUAUAGGGCUACCAGACCAAUUUUUAAGUAAUAAAGAAGGGAGCAUUGGAGGAGGAGUCAUCCAGGGCUCAGCCAGUGAAUGUGUGCUUGUCUCAAUGCUAGCCGCUAGAGCCCACAUGUUGGUGAGACUGAAAAAGCAGUACCCGAUGGUUGAAGACGGAGUCCUUCUGUCAAAACUCAUAGCCUACUGCUCCAAAGAGGCCCACUCGUGUGUAGAAAAGGCGGCCAUGAUAUGUUUCGUUAAACUGAGGAUAUUGGAGCCUGAUGAAAAGAAUGCUUUGAGAGGAAAGACACUUAUGAUGGCGAUGGAAGAAGAUGAAACUAUGGGACUGAUACCAUUCUUCGUUUCAACAACACUAGGUACAACUUCAUGCGCUUCAUUUGAUAACUUACAGGAGAUUGGACCAGUUUGUCAGAAAUUUCCAGGAGUGUGGCUUCACGUAGAUGCAGCCUAUGCUGGAAAUGCUUUCAUUUGUCCAGAAUUGAAGUAUUUACUUAAAGGCGUAGAGUAUGCAGACUCUUUCAAUACAAAUCCCAACAAAUUUCUCCUGAUUGCCUUCGACUGUUCAACAAUGUGGGUUAGAGACAAGCUGAAGCUAACCAAAGCCCUAGUAGUGAACCCCUUGUACUUAGAACACACACAUUCCAAGGACCUGAGCAUAGAUUUCAGACAUUGGGGGAUUCCCCUUAGCAGAAGGUUCAGAUCACUCAAGCUAUGGUUCGUCUUCAGACGUUUUGGGAUAUCUGGCCUACAGAACUAUAUACGGCAUCACAUCAAGUUGGCUAAAAAGUUUGAAGAGCUGGUGCGGAAGGAUACGCGGUUCGAGGUUUGCAACGAAGUAAAGUUAGGCCUAGUAUGUUUUCGUCUAAAAGGUACAGAUCAACUGAACAAGCAGUUGCUGUUGAACAUCAAUGAAUCUGGAAGACUGCACAUGGUACCAGCUCAAGUAAAUGAGAAAUACAUCAUCAGGUUCUCUGUGAAUGACGUCAACGCCAAAGAAGCCGAUAUAGACAUUGCCUGGCAGAUCAUCAAAGAAUAUGCAGAGGAUGUGUUAGCUCAAAACAUCGAGAAGGAACGAGCAAGAGAGCUUCAAGACGAAGUAUACGAUUUGCUCGAGCGUAAGAAGAAGGAAACACUCGCCCACAAACGAAGCUUCUUUGUAAGAAUGGUGAGCGAUCCUAAGAUCUACAAUCCAUCCGUAGCUAGAAACUUGCCUUCUAGCAGAAGACAUCUUACCGAAACCGAAACUGAAGAUUUGGAUGAUAAGGGAUCUUCCGUACGACCGCCCACUCGUGCAUCGUGGGUCAGCUGGCCUCUGGCCUUCCUGUUUCAAGGUAUCACAGAAGAAGGUUCUUCUAGCGAUGUGCCGAUCAGAUUCCGCCAUUUGGACACCAAAGUGCACCUGAAGCCGAACGAAAGGGCGACCAAUGGAGGCAAUGGAGGGAGCAACUCACCAUCACCAGAGGGUGAAAGCUGCAAAUCGCCAAGAAGGACUCCAUCCCCUUCUCACGAGCGGAAACACUAAAUGGUUGAAUUUAUACUUAAAAAUGGGACAUGAUAAACGUGAAAUACCAUUAUCUAACUAUCUAUUAAACAGGACCGGUUUUAAUAAUAACUUCUUUAACAAAUUAACAAGGAUGGCUACCGAACCGAUAAACAGGUUUUCUUGUAUAACAGCCACACAUAGAAGUAAGCUACCUUUCCAACAAAAAAUAUAAAUCAAAUAGAAUCUUAUAUAUAUAUAUAUAUAUAUAUAUAUAUAUAUACUAUAAUCGUGGAUGCAGUUCAUUUCACGGUUUCUGCGGAUCACACUAAAACUACUCGCAUCACUCACUUUUAUACAACGAUCUCCCUCAUACAUACAUAUUAUGUACUCUGCUUAGACCCGCCAACGUUUGUUUGUGUAAGCACCUUGAAAAAUAUCUGGUCAACGUAUGAGUAUUUCUAAUUUAUGGCUGUCACUAUGACAAACCCACUUGAUUUUGGCGUAUCAUUUUGAAAUGCCCUUUUAAUAACCUUCGUAAUGUACACCUAACGGACAAUAUAUCAAUAGUUUUUGCUAUAUCAGUUCCUCUUCAUCAAUCAUUUCACGAGUUCAAGAGAAGCUGCGUUUAGGAUUGGAUUGCCCAGUGUUCGAUUUUCCGAUGGAGCUUUAACCCCGCACAUGGUUCAGUCAGUCGAUUUUUUACUAAUUACAGUUAUCAUUGACCGCCAAAAACCGUGAACAGGCCUAUACCUCUGUGACUUACGUAGGUAAAUUUGAUUACUACAGGGAUCUGCAACUAUAUCCUUUUUUAAUAAAAUUUGUAAUACCUUUGUGGAUUUCAACAGAUACUAUUACAAAAAUUUCAUUUAUUUUAUUGAACAUUUGAUCUUUUGAACAAUGGUAUACACGUUUUUUAUGCCUUCUGUUACCCUCCCUUCAUGUCUCACGGCUCUCGAAUACUAAAUAUAUAUACUAUACGCAUUUGACUAUGGGUUAUAGGUUAAUAGGUUUAUGUGGUCUAUGGUAUAAAUAAAAUAUAUGUG